GAUUGGCUGCCGCCAAGGGGCCGUGACGCCACGCGAGGGCGUGACGGAAGGGCACCAUAGAGCGGAGCCGGCUGGGCUAGAGCGCCGUGGGACGGCUCGGGAGGACCCAGACCGCGGCCGGGCCCCUUACCGGGAGCGGGGCCGCCGCCGCGGCAGCGGGAGGGCGGCGUGCCGGAGCCCCGUCGGGAGGGCGGCGUGCCGGAGCCCCGUCGGGGCCGCGCCCGCGCUCCCUGGCCGCUGCGCGCUGAUGAAGGUCCCUCCGGUGGCCGCGUCUGGGCAGAGCCGGUGACUCCGCCGCACCAUGGCCCUCACCACACUCCUCGCCGUAGCUAGGUCGAGAGGCUCCCAUCUCCUGGCACACUGCAGCUCUCCCUGUGCCCCAGCGGUGGCCUUUGCCCGGCUGGUGGAUUUUCACCCAACGCAAACUCGUGGAAGAGACUCUGCAAAGCAGCCAGCACUGCUCUGCUCACGCCUGGGCUCCAGCCACCUCCACCCACCGGCUCAAGCUGCCAGCACAUUUCACACCUCCACCUGCUUGCACCGGGAGCACCCAGGAGAGCCUCCAGCCCAGCGCUGUCCCCGAGGUGCCAAGCCUGCUCCAGCGCCCUCGCAGCAGGUCGGAGAUGCUGCCGUGGGGCAGAAGUCGUUAAGGCUGCGCCAGGGGAGAUUUAGGCUGGAGGUUGACACGAAGGUGGCUGCCAGGAUGGUGUGGAGGCUGCUGCGUGGCCAAGUCCUCACGAGGAGGGAGAGACGAAGGCUGCUGAGGACUUGUGCAGACCUCUUUCAGGUGGUUCCCUUCCUGGUGUUUGUCAUUGUCCCUUUCAUGGAAUUUCUGUUACCUGUCUUCUUGCAGCUCUGCCCUGAAAUGCUGCCCCCAGCGUUCGAGAUGGAGUCAACACAGGAAGAAAAACAGAAAAAGAAAUUAAAUGCAAAGCUGGAGCUGGCCAAGUUGCUGCAGGAGACCAUUGCAGAGAUGGCCAAAAGGUACAAAGCAGACACAGGCCAAGGGAAACAAUUCUCCUCCUGUGUGCACCAGAUGCGCCGCAGCGGGCAGCAGCCCAGCACCCAGGAGCUCAUCAGCUUCUGCAGGCUCUUGGAGGAUGAGCUGACCCUGGAGCACUUGGAGAGGCCACAGCUGGUGGCUCUCUGCAACCUGCUCGAGCUGCAGCCCAUUGGCACCAACAACCUGCUCUGCUUUCAGCUUCUGCUGCGGCUGAGAACCAUCAAGGCAGACGAUGAAGUGAUUGCCGAGGAAGGAGUCAGUGUGCUGAGCGUGCCCGAGCUGCAGGGCGCCUGCAGGGCCAGAGCACUGUGGUCGCUGGGCCUGGCUGAGGAGCAGCUGAAGGAGCAGCUCUGGCAGUGGCUGGAUCUGCAUCUGAAAGAGAAUGUUCCCCCUUCCCUGCUCCUGCUCUCCAGUGCCUUGUACUUAGUAGAUGUGAAGCCCCAACCUGUUCCUGCUCCAGGCUGUAAGCCAGGUGAGACUGCUGAAGUGCUGACAUCUGCCCUGGAAAGUCAGGAGACCCUGGUGGACCCUGCCCCUGCUCUGAGGGAAGGAAGGGAACUCCAGGGCAAAAAGAGUCAAGCUGCUUUUUCCUUCAAGAAUGAGGCCUUUGUGUCUCAUCCCCCAGAGAAAAUGCCAGUCUCAGAAGUGGCAGCGAAGCCUCCCCCAUGAGAGGCUCCAGUGGAAGCAUCUCAGAGCAGCAAGGCCAGCGGAGCCUAGCCUGAAGCCAGCCAGGACACUUCCUUGGGAGGGAGGAGUGGU